UGGGACAGUCCAAUAUGGAUAUGGAGGCACGUGAGGUUGUGGAAAAUUGUGGCCCUAGAAACUCCAACUUUUGAAGGGUAUAGACCUACAGUAGAUAGCAUUGUUUUAUAGAAUUUCCCCACCCACUUUCUCCUUUCACUAACCACACUUAGAUCUGGUUGUUGAAUCCAGCAAGAAAAGGAAAAAAGAUGGAAGCACUCCUCUCCCAAUUCACCUUCCUCUCCGACCAAGCCCUCCAAGACAAGAACUUCGACCCUUCGACGAUCGAAGAUCUAAUGAAGCUGUUCGAGAUCGAGUCCUACAAGGCAUGGGCUGCGGCUGAGCUUGAGCAGGAGAGAGAGGUGGAGGAAGCAGAGGCUGGCAUGCAGGAAGCGGAGGAGUACCUUGACUCGGUCAUGGAGAGUGCCAUGGAUGAGUUUAGACGCUUUGAGGAAGAGCUUGAGACCAUGUCAAAAGCUGAAAUGGCAAGCUUGGUUCAAACUGCUGAGAGAGCUAGAAAGAUGGGAAACUUGAUGGAAAAGGGUGCUACAAUUGCUUCCAAGAAGUAUAUUGAGGCUGCACUCAAUUCAGCUACUGCUUCCAUGAAGUCAGCAUGGAAAGGACUCUCCUCUUCCAAGGUUCAUCCUUCUUGAUAUGUAUAAUAAUAUCAGGACAAAACUUAUAUACUAUACUGGCUAUUGCAUGUUGUUGUAUUCUUAUUAGAAUUAGAAUUUUACAUCCAUUCAUAUUUAAUGAAAUUCUAAUUCUGAUUUGAUAACUGUCAUGAAUAUUCAAAUCGGGUUAAACCUGCUUAAUAAGAUACCUUCCCUUUACUCUUUAUUGUUAUUUUCACUUCUUGGUUACAUUGCUGCUUUGGCAAGUAGGAAGUUAAUUAGAUCAGAAUUGUACCGAAAUUGAGAUGCUGGAGAACAUUCAGCCAAAAGUGAAAAGGAAAAACAGAUUCACUGUUGCUGAGACAUGGAAAUCUGUUAGUUACAUUUACAAUACAAGGUUUAUGAUUCAAACAGCUUAAUUAAUGUUGAACAUUCGGAAUGUAAUUAUCGAUUUACAUGUUUCUUGAGAGUACGUACUGCUAUUUUUAUCCUGAUUCUUGGACU